UGUAGUCAGUUCUUCAUCACUCACGCGCGUAGCGGCCAUCUUCCUUCAGCUCGAGACGAGACGACUGUUCCCUCAGACAUGUCCGAUUACUCCAGCGUGGCUCCGCCGUCUUCAAACUCCGGUGGAGGGAUGAAUGAUGCGUUUAAAGACGCCCUUCAGAGGGCCAGACAAAUUGCUGCGAAAAUAGGAGGUGAUGGGGUUGUUCCCCCUCCAACAGGCAAUGAAUUUGGAUAUGGAGGACAGAAAAGACCCCUUGAAGAUGCAGAUCAACCAGAAACCAAAAAAAUUCCACCAAGUGACCCUUUUUCUGCUGUAAUGGGAGGAAUGGGUGGCCCACCAAGGACUUUAUCAGAGGAUUUCAAAGUUCCAGAUGGCAUGGUUGGCUUCAUCAUUGGUAGGGGAGGAGAACAGAUAUCAAGAAUGCAGCAGGAAUCAGGGUGUAAAAUACAGAUUGCUCCAGACAGUGGUGGCAUGCCGGAGAGGUCAGUGACGUUAACAGGCUCACCUGAUUCCAUCCACGCAUAUCAGCGGCAGCGCUGCCACCUACUGAAUCAACAGCCAGGAGCUGCAAAGAGGUUACUGACAGAGAUUGUAGAUAAAGGCAGACCCUCCCCAGCUUUCCACCACAAUGAUGGCCCAGGAAAUUCUGUUCAGGAGAUCAUGGUCCCUGCCUCCAAAGCAGGCCUGGUCAUUGGAAAGGGGGGAGAAACUAUCAAACAGUUACAGGAACAAGCUGGAGUCAAAAUGGUUAUGAUUCAAGAUGGGCCACAAAACACAGGUGCUGAUAAACCACUCAGGAUCUCUGGAGAUCCUUUUAAAGUUCAGCAAGCCAAAGAUAUGGUGAUGGAUCUGAUCAGAGAUCAGGGUUUCCGGGAACAAAGAGGAGAGUAUGGUUCAAGAAUAAGUGGAGACAGUCUGGAUGUCCCUGUACCAAGGUUUGCAGUGGGAAUUGUUAUUGGCAGGAGUGGUGAAAUGAUCAAGAAGAUUCAGAAUGAUACUGGUGUUAGGAUUCAGUUCAAACCAGAUGAUGGCACCACACCAGAGAGGAUCGCUCAGAUCAUGGGGCCUCCAGACAGGGCACAGCAUGCAGCAGACAUCAUAACUGACUUACUGAGGAGUGUGCAGACUGGAGGGCCUCCAGGGCAUGGAGGCAGAGGGAGGGGCCGUGGACAGGGAAAUUGGAACAUGGGUCCACCAGGAGGCCUGCAGGAAUUUAAUUUCACAGUCCCUACUAUGAAGACUGGCCUCAUUAUUGGCAAGGGAGGUGAAACCAUUAAGAACAUUAGCCAACAGUCUGGAGCCAGAAUAGAGCUGCAGAGAAACCCUCCACCUAAUUCAGACCCAAAUAUAAAGAUGUUCACAGUGCGCGGAUCACCCCAACAGAUUGACUACGCCAGACAACUGGUUGAGGAGAAGAUUGGAGGCCCAGUUAGCCCGAUGGGUGGCCCUCAUGGUGGUCCUGGGCCCCAUGGAGGUCCUUCACAUGGCCCACCUGGCCCACCAGGAGCUCCUGCCCAAAUGGGACCAUAUAAUCCUGGACCCUAUGGCCAGGGUCCUCCAGGACCGCAUGGUCCUCAAGCACCAUACCAGCCUCAAGGCUGGGGCAAUGGAUACCCGCAUUGGCAGCAAGGACAGCCAGAUCCCAAUAAAGCAGCGGCUGAUGCUAAUGCCGCCGCUUGGGCAGCCUAUUAUUCUCAGUACCAGCAGCAACCACAAGGCCCCAUGACACCCACAGCAACUGCCCCUGGCACAACCCAAACCAACGGACAGGGUGACCCGCAAGCUCCAGGUCAAAGUGGACAGGCAGAUUACACCAAGGCCUGGGAGGAAUAUUACAAGAAAUUGGGUCAAGGACAGCCUCAGCAGGACUACACCAAGGCAUGGGAAGAGUACUAUAAGAAACAAGGUCAAGCUGCACCUCAGGCAGCGGCUGCAGCAGUGGCGUCUCAGCCAGGAGGUCAGCCAGAUUACAGUGCAGCGUGGGCGGAGUAUUACCGCCAACAGGCAGCGUACUAUGGUCAGGGUGCCCCUCAGUCAAUGGGAGCUGCUCCCCAGGCUCAGCAGGUACACUACCAAUAAACUCGCACAUCUCUCUCUUUCCUUUUAUUGCGUUUGGAUGUCUUAACUUAAAUGCCAUUUGGUAGAUGUGCAUGUGUACCCAACACCCAUCCUCCCCUUGGUGUAGUCCAAAUUUUUUUAAUUUUACUUUCACAGGUUUAGCAGGUUUCCAGACGAGUCAUCAAAGCAUCACUUAACCAAACUCUUUCCUCCUCCAGCAGGCUGCUUUUUUUUUACUUUAAAUUUUUAUUUUGGGAGGAUGAUGCAUUAAUGUUUCUGCUCUUAACAUGUUGUGUAUUUCUUAUGUAUUUCUUCUGCACAGGGCCAGUAAUGUGAAGCGGACAUAAAGUAAAUGCUACAUUGUCAGAAAAAAACCUUUGUUAAAUGUUUGGAUGCAGACGCCAUGAUGAAGAUCUUAAUUUCAUUUGUUUGAGUGUUUAGAUCGCAGACCGGCUCAAGUCAAGUGUAUAUAUAUAUAUUUUUGUUUUCUUUUUCCUUGUUUUCUGCCACUCUUGUAAAUGAACGGUUUGUUUUUAGUCGGGCAAUAUUGGUCAUUCCAGCUCCUGUAUCUCAUGUAUCUCACUAUGUAGUUUAAGACUAAACUAUAGUAAUUUACAUGUAAAUCAUCUCAGUUUUAAUAUGAUAUGCAUGUUGUGUUUUGCAAUAAAACAAAAUUAAACCUCCUGUGUUGGUAAGUGGGGUGCAAAGGUGGGGAAUAUUUUUUGUAAAUUUUAUUUCCUGUUUUAGGACAGGAUGGGGGUGUUAUGCCUGAAGGCACAAAUUUCUCACUCUAAAUUUAAAGAAUUGAAAUACUGCUCUCCUGGUUUUUUUUGUCUCUCUUCAACUUGUCUAUACUACCCAUGAUUUUUAUUUUGAUUCCUGGUCUAUAUUAAAGUCACAAGAUCAUUGGUCAUUUGAUAUUGCUUGCUUGAUGAAUGGAUAGUUCUGUUUUUAUACUGCAUUUUCUUGGUCAUUGCUGUGGAUGUAGGAAUAGACAGGUUAUCUGAGUCAAGGUGGCAUGGUGUUGGCAAGGUAUGUGACACAUAAAAUAACUCUUCAGUGCUGUAGUGUUGCUUAUUGUACUGCAUUUCAUCUGGUUUAAGGGUAGUGUGCACUGUUAAUGAGAGACAUUUCCUCCCUCACAGGCAAGUUUAGGAAGUCGGUAACAAGUAUGUGUUUUUACACAAACUGUUCUUUGAUAAUGUGACUGCAAAAAUGUUGCAAGUUAUUUUAGUUUUUGUUCUCCACGUUUGUUACUUUUUUCCAGGGCAGGUCAAGUAUUCUGAUCAACUGUUAUGCCUUGCAAAAUUAAUGUCCAUUUCCCAUAUUUUAAAUGUCUAAAUUCCAUCAGUUGUGUAUAUAUUUCUAUCAUUAUUGCUGGCCUUUCUAAAUCAUUUUGAUACAAUUAAAAAGCUCAAAUGUGAAAGUGGACUGUUCUUUUGUCUGCCUAUUGCCCUGUAAGCAUUCCUCCAGUAAAGGCCUGUAGGUUUAUGGAGACUCUGCCCUUCCACACCACUGAAAUGAGCUCUCCACUGUAAGUACAAAAUGUACCUGACUUUAUGGCCCAAUUUCUGUAUUGCUGUCAAUGCAUUGUCUUUGACGAACUAAAACGCAAUUAUUGAACGUAUCUAAAUGUUGCCCCUUUUUUUGGGUAAGUAUGUCAGGGCUGUAAUUUGAAUUUGACAUGCAUACAUGAUGAUGUCUUCUUGAGACUGAGACUUGACCCCUUUUCACAUUGGACUGUUAUUUUUGCCAUAACAGCUGUGUGUGAUAUUUGCAGAUUGAGAUCUUGCCAUGUUGUCAUUGUUUUAGUCAUUUAGGAAUUGUCUCAGACUUUUUCUUAUAAAACUAUGAACUGUACCACUGUGUUUUAGUCAGGGCAGUGCUGUGCUUCUGUCUAAAGCGGGGGGGGGA